AUGUAUCUGGCAACGAAACAUCGACCAUGGAAUCAAGAUCAGGAGGAGUUCAAGAGAGGCCGCAGAUCAAAAUACAGCAAGUGGUGGAUUGCUGCUAUUUCUACUGUUGCGUUCACCACACACUACUUGUUCGGCCCAGCUCCGAUGAUCAAGCCAGCCCCUGCAACCUUCGAGGCAUGUCUCAUUGAUCUUUGCGCAGGUCGACCUGACUGCGUACGAUUCUCCGCACAGAGAGGUUAUGAGUUUUAUAUUAAUUGGGCGCGUCCUUUCAACCUCGCGCGCAGCUGUAUACCGACAGCUGUUAUACGGCCAAAAAGCACGGAGGAGGUAGCAGGAGCCGUCAAGUGUGCCGCGAAGCACGGCAUCAAGGUCCAGGCACGAUCUGGCGGUCAUUCAUUCGCAAACCAUGGAUUGGGUGGCAAGGAUGGAGCGUUGUCGAUUGAUCUUGUAAAUCUUCAGUAUGUUGAAGUUAAUACAACGGAUCCAUCGUGGCACGUUAAAGUAGGAGCCGGUACGAGGUUGAGCCAAGUAGACGAGGCUCUUGGUCCACAUCAACGCGCAUUUCCCCAUGGAGUGUGUCCUGGUGUGGGUAUUGGUGGCCACGCAACUAUCGGUGGUCUAGGUCCAAUGUCCCGCAUGUGGGGAUCAUGCCUUGAUCACAUUGAGGAGGUUGAAGUGGUAACGGCAAGCGGUACAGUCUUACGAGCCGAUACCAUCCACAACUCAGACUUGUUCUUCGCUCUGAGAGGUGCCGGGGCUGGUUUUGGCAUCAUCACACAAUUCACCAUGAGGACGCAUCCGACACCGAAGGAAGUUCUCCAUUACACGUAUAAUUUCCAGUUCAGCCGUCUUACACAGAUAGUGGAAUUGUUUGACGAGUGGCAAAACCUUGUGGCAGAUCCAACCCUCGACCGUAGACUAGGAACUGAGUUUACUUUGUACCCCCUCGGCGCUCGCGUAACCGCCACAUGGUACGGCACGAAGGGCGACCUGGAGGCGUCCAAAAUACUCGACCGUCUUCCCUCCGGAAAUGACACAUUUGCUCUCCGCACAGAAAACUGGGGUCAAUCACUCAUUAACCGCGCCAUCGAGGAGGCCCUUCACAUAUCGGACAUACCAAACAAGUUCUUUUCCAAGAGCCUUGGCUUUACCCGAACCGACAUCAUUCCUAAAGAAAAGAUUGCAGACCUUUUCAAGUGGGUUGAGGACCAGAAUAAGGGUACUUACGUCUGGUUUAUCAUUUUCGACGCCACUGGCGGAGCAGUUUCCGAUGUGCCAACGGACGCCACAGCUUACGCACACCGUGAUAAGUUUAUGUUCUACCAAUCAUAUGCGGUCAACGCUCUGCAAAAGAAGAAGGAAACUCGAGACUUUCUGGAUGGUUUUCACAACCAGCUGUUGAAUGUACUUCCGGGCGACGCACAUGGAACUUACCCAGGUUAUGUUGACCCAGAUCUAGAGCGGCCUCAGGAGACCUACUGGAUGGGCAACUUACCAGCACUCGAGAGAAUAAAGGGAGAAUGGGACCCAAAUGAUAUUUUUCACAACCCUCAAAGUGUUCGGCCUAGAGUAUUACGAAAUCAAUAA